AUGAAGUGUGCUUUGGUCAACGCGCUCGUCCUUGCCGCUGUUGCCAACGUCGCCGCCCAAAACGAGCCCGUCCCUACAGGGUUAGUCAAGUUCGACCAUGGCCUCGUUGUGUCGGCCCCUGAUGAGCCAACCGCCGUCGAAUCUGCCGAAGCCACGAGACUAGUCGACAUCGUUCAAGAUUUUGAGAAGCUUGUGCGCAAAGGAAUGGAAGACUUCAAGACGAUCACGAGCUUGGUCCAGUUGAUUCGAACCAUCGCCACGACGGGCCUCAACACCGACAACGGCCAGCAAUUCGUCGCGGCCAUCCAAGACGCCAUCAAAAUUGGCGUUCUCCGUGUAAAGGACGGCAAGGACCUGGUGAAAGGCAUCAAGGACAUCGUCGCCCGUGGAAAAGUCGACGGUCCCCAAGCGGUCGCCGACAUUAUGAAGGUCCUCGAAGACGGAAUGAAGCCUGCGACGGUCGCCGAACUCAUCAGUGACCUACAAAGAGUCAUUCAAAAUUCAAGCAAGGACGCCACGACGACGCUCAAUUUGGUCAAGCUGAUCCAAUCGAUCCAACGCGACGGUCUCAACGCCAGCAACGGGGCGCAGUUGGUGCACGACAUUCAAAAGGCCAUCGCGGCUGGCAUCUUGCACGUCAAGGACGGUGCCAACCUUGUCCGUACGAUCCAAAUCAUUGUGAAGAACGGCAUGUCGUUGCAAGAUGGCGCCCUUGUUGUGGACGCGAUCCAAAAGGCGCUUGAAGCCGCGCUGGUCCCGUUUGACCCGCUCCCAAUGGUCUGUCGUCGCAAGGGUGUUGGGCGCGGCGUGGGCACUGUUCUCGAAAACCAGUGCAAGAAGGACGAAGAAGCGUACGGGGCCCUGUGCUACCCGACGUGCGAGGAAGGGUACGAGAAGGUCGGGUGCUGCAUCUGCCGCAAGAAGGGCUGCGGUGGUGUUGUGGGCUUCACGGAUAUUGGCGCGUCGUGCACAAAGCCCGCCGCGUACGGCCGCGGCGCUGGCUACGCCUUGUGGCAAGAAGACAAGUGCAAGAAGGAGAACGGCGGCACGUGCGAGAAAAAUGGUUUGAUGUGGUACCCCCAGUGCCGGACUGGUUUCCACCCUGUCGGCUGCUGCAUCUGCUCGCCGAAUUGCCCUGCUGGUACGAUUGACGAUGGCGAGUUUUGCCACAAAGACUCGUACGGGGUCGGUGUCGGCGUGUCUCGCUUGGGAUGCCCCGCUGGCAUGGAACAGAGUGGUGCGUUGUGCUACCCUCCAUGUGCCCCCACCUUUAUCGGCACCGGCCCCAUGUGCUGGCCGCAAUGCUUUGGCGGUACUCCGUUUAAGUGUGGCCUCUUUUGCACGUCGUCGGCUACAACCUGCUUCACGUCGGCCAUUCCAAUUGUUGGCUCGGCUAUUAAGGUCGCCUUGAGUCUGUUCAACGACGACUACGCCAGCGCUGCGGUGGGAGUUACCGAAGGCGGCAGCAAAAUCAUCAAGAUCCCACAAUGCUCGUCCUACAUCGCCACGCUGCCUUGA